AUAGAGCGAAGCCUUGUCGGCGAAGAACGCAACUUGGCAAAUUUGCGCAGCCGCGCAUUCCACGGCUUUCAGCCCCAGAUACCGCCUACUACCAUUUCUAUAAUGACUCCUAAGUUUGCUGCGACCUUGCUUGGGGUCAUUAGAGCGCUACAAAGGGAUUUGACGGUCGUGCUGACCGAACUUGCGCCGCGGACAGGCUCUAACACUGACAACAAGUAAAGAAGCGUCCGGUCGCAUAAAUGUAAUUAUGCUGGGCGUGCAAGACAGCCUAACAAAGUUGCGCACUAAUUCCCGAAUUAGCGCAAAUUGCCAUAGUCGCGAAUUCACCCAUGCCAUGGCCCCUACCCCGGCCCAUCGCGCGCGCCCCAUCCAGCGAGGGUUUGGGGAACUACUUGCGCAACUAGACGCAGCCCAGGUAAUAUUCGCCUUGUAUCUAUAUCCUACGCGAAUAGCAAACAUGGCCCUGCUCAUGCGUUCUCAGACCCUGCGCCCCGUCUCGGCGGUGGCCUCCCGCCGCGUCUCCGUGGUCGUCCGUGCUCAGGCUGGCGCUGAGAAAAGCGCUUCGAACACCACGGGCAAGGCUAAACUUGUGGAGGCGAUCGCUACUGAGGUGGGACUGACCAAGGACGUCGCUGCGAAGGCCUUUGACUCCCUGAUUGGCGGCAUUGAGGACGCCCUCAUCAACGGUGACCGCGUGACCAUCGUGGGCUUCGGCACGUUUGAGGUGCGCGAGCGCGCUGCGCGCCAGGGCCGCAACCCCAGCACCGGCGCGGUCCUCCAGAUCGCCGCCAGCAAGGCCCCCGUGUUCAAGGCCUCAGUUGGCCUGAAGGAUGCCGUGAACGGCCGGGAGCCCAAGCCCGCGGCUGCCAAGGCCGCAGCUGCCAAGGCCGCGGCGGCCAAGCCCGCUGCGCCGAAGCCGGCUGCGGCUAAGCCCGCGGCUCCUCAGCCCGCGGCUCCUAAGCCCGCGGCUCCUAAGCCCGGCCCCAAGAAGUAAAGCGGUCGGCAGGCAUCUUUGAUUGCUGUACCUAUCUCGAGUGGGCAAUGCCAGGCCGUUUUGGUUGCCUUAUGCUUUAGGCCGCACUACACACAUAUGGGGACUGCUGGCCACAUUACUUGCCAGUCGGUCGCCAGCCGGCAAAUGCAGGAGUGGUGCAUUGGAUGCCUGACGCAUGACCAGACCACUUAUGGGAAUGAGCUUGACCUUGCUGACGACGGUGCGAAUGUGACGCUCGCCAUUGUUGAUGGGCGCAUGGAAGGACCCAGACGUUGAGCCAUAAGUACGUUGUGUAAAUGUGCGGUUCCGAUGGGCAGUAGUGCAAGACUAUGGAUGGAGCAAACAUCUUAAGCUCGAUGCCGGACCCAUGGUGUUGAAGGAAGCCCUUGGCCGUGCGCCGCAUCCUGCCUGAAAGGCAGUAUGGAAUAUGAAUUGCCAACGGCCAUCAGCAACGCAAAGAGGCCCGAGAACCUGUGAUACCAAUAUGCG